AUGGCAUCUAAGGUGGACAUCUUCACGGUGCUCCUCCCCUUGCUCAUGUUAUUGGCAACAUUGUGCAUGGCAGAUGAUCAUGGCACUGUGUCUAAGUCUAACUCACCCGGAGAAUGGUGCUGGGCGGGGAUGGGCUACCCGGUGUACCCGUUCCCACGUUGCAGAGCGCUGGUCAAGCGUCAGUGCGUCGGCGCCCAGGUCGACGAGAGCCUCCGGGAGGACUGUUGUCGGCAGCUCGCCGCCGUCGACGAAUGGUGCACAUGCCCGGCGCUCGACUGGAUGCGGACCGGCAUGUACAAGGAGCUGGGCAUCGCCGACGCCGAUGGGACGACAGACAUGGAGUUGUUCCCGAGGUGCCAGAAGAGGGUGAUGGACCGCGCCGUGGCGAGCCUCCCGGCGUUUUGCAAGCAGUUCAUCCCUGUCGGAUCAGGCGGUGUCUGCUACUGGCUCUCGUACUAUCAACCUCACUAG